AUGGCUCGCCCCGAGCUGUCCCUGGGAGCUGUGCGAAGCCCAUGCACUGGGCUGCUGCCUGUCAGGGCUAACUGCAGAGCUGAGGACGGCAGGGCAGCACCACGCAAAGGCAAUGGCCCAGGCUGGGCAGGCAGCCAGGGGAGGACGCCCUGCGGGUCCUGGGAAGCCAGGACAAGCCUCGUUCGGGACAGGCUCCUGCGGCAGGAGCAGUUAGCUUUCCGAAGGGGUUCAGCAAAGGCUUCAAAACACCCGUUCAAGCUUAGCGUGCAGCUCAGGUCGGAGUUUAAGUGCGUGUUAGUUUGGGCUUGCGUUCCCCCCUCCUCGCCGGGGGCGCCGGGCCGAGCUGGCCUCCGGGCCCUGGAGGAAGCCCUCGGCCGCGCAGGGCCUGCAGGCCGCUCUCCCGCCCGCCGCCGGCGGCUCCCGCGCAGGAAGCGGCGGCGGGCGGUGCACCGGGACGCGCCAGCACUUCCGGGUCGCCAGCCGGGGCGCGGCGGCGACGGGGAGGAGGCGGCGGCGGCGGCGGCGGCAGGCAGGCAGGCAGGCAGGCAGAGGGGCUGCGGUCGUCCUCCGUGUCCCCGGUUCCGGGAUAUGGAUAACGGGAAGGAUGAAAAAAUUAGGACACCAUGUGCAGCUUCACAAGAAGGGCUGAAAGUCCAAGGGAAAGAAGAAAGGAAACGAAAACGCAGUAGAAGCAGAUCAUCAUCCAUUUCAUCCACAUCGUCUUCUAGCACUACAUCCGCCUCCUCCUCCUCCUCCUCACGCUCAUCAUCAAGGUCGUCGUCUUCAAGUAGCAGAGAUUCUCCGAAGUCUAAAUCAAAGAAAAAGAGAAAAGAAAAACAUAACAAAAAGAAAAGGAAAAAAGAGAACAAAAUGAAGAAAAAGAAAGAGAAGAAGAAAAAGAGAGAGAAAACAGGACCUGUCCAGCUUUCCAAGUUCUUUAAAAACAAAAAGAAGAAUGAAAACUACAGCAUGAUAACAGGAAAGAAAAUUAAGAUGAGAAUAAAGAAGACUAAGAAAGAUAAAGAGAGAGACCGGAAUCGUGCAGAACUCCUUGAAUUUCUGAACUCUGCCUUAUAAUGGGAAGAGUGCUGACCAAGGACUUGUAAAUAUACCAAGCCAAUAAUCAUCAUGCCUAGCAAAACACUAAAGGGAAACUCAGGGAAAAAAGGAUGCCAAGCUUGACGAGACCAGACUCUCCUGCUGAGAAGACAAUCGGGAUGUCCUUUUUUAAUGGCAAAAUGAAGAGUAACUGAUAACUUGUUAAUGAAGAUCUGUGUCCUCCUCUUGAGAUCCUAAGGUAAUAGCCAGGCUGUGGUGUUUUCAGAAGAGCCUAAGACGCUGUCGUUGACAGUGAUAAGAAAUGACACACUGAAGUUCAAUAACAUGAUUUCUAUCCUAACUGCAUGCAGAACACACUCUUAGUUUCAAAUGUCUUAAUGUUUCUAGUAGUUUAAGCAAAGCAGAGUAUUUGUAAAUGUCUGUUUGAAAGAUGAGGCAUUUCUGUAUGUAUAUUUUUUUCCAGUGGUGGUUUUACUUGUCCUAAAGAGCAAGUUAACCUUUGUAAAUAGAACAUGCUUUUACGGAAAUGAUUUUUAGACAGUUCAUUCACUAAUAUAUUUAGAGUUUGAGAUAUGAUCUUUCUCUGGACAGUUUAUUGUGCUCUCUCAGUAGAAAGUGUAACAGUAAAAUACUCCAGAGCAAUAAUGGUAGCUGAAUGAUUUUUUUAUCCUAAACUAGAAGCAGGAAAGGUCUCUGGUUCUGUUUCUUUUAUCUGGAUCAGCUGUUCAAAGGCAGCUCACAGUAGAUAGUUUACCCCCCAUAUCUGGAGUUGCAGUUCCUAGGCCUAAACACUCUGGAGUUCUGGCUUGCCUUUCUGAUCCUGUGAACUGUAUGUCAAAUCUUCCUCUGAAGCGCAGCAUAUCUUAGUCUGAGCCAUAGGAAUGAUGCCGAGGCAGGCAGUGACAGUGACCCUCCAGGUGCGUUGCCAGUGAGGUCUGGUUAUGCAGCUGGACUCCAGCAUAACACACGUGCAUGUGCUCCUUGGGAACCACAAUUCAGGAACACCUGGAUAAAGGAGUCGGGGGUAGCUGGCUUUGACAAGAAUAUCUGGUGUACAGUGGUCAAAGUGUGGGGAGCUCAUUAAAGAGCGAACAAACAGAAGACACACUGCGUCUGUGUCUGCCAUGGUGUUUUAAGUAAAUCUGAAGAUUUGUACCAUUGCUCAAGGGAUAAUUUUAAUAUUUUUGAUGUGUGAAGCCUUCUGAAGAUGCUACAAUCCUGUCUUUUCCCUUGUUUUUUGUUGUGAAACAUUUUGCAAUUCUUGCAGAGAUGUAACUCUAAAUUUAGAGACUGAAGCCCUGAUCCAGAAAAGCAAGUCCUUACAUUCUUAUGAACAUAAAACAUGAAAACACAUACGUAAAAACUGGAAUUUCCUUGACUUUUAACCUGGUGAUGGUUUCCUUUUUGUGGAAGCACUGUUCUGAAAUGUCAGUAGGGGAAAAAAUAAACAAGCAACACCCA